AUGCAGGAAAAGAUAAGCAUUGUUGCUGAAAAUUCAACGAGAGUGGGUCUUACCAGAGGAAAGAGCAAGGUGUUCAAGAUAAAGGCAUCCAACAAUACACCCAUUACAGUCCAAGGUGAGGCGCUGGAAGAGGUGGAAAGCUUCACCUAUCUCGGCAGUAUCCUAGACAACCAUGGAGGAACAGAUGCAGGUGUCAGAACCCGCAGUGUUGUAGAGUGGCAGUGGCAGUGUGCAGAGAGUGGCAGUGUCAGUGUGCUAGAGAUUGGCAGUGGCAUAGUGCUAGAGAGUGUCAGUGACAGAGUGCUAGAGAGUGGCAGAGGCAGUGUGCUAGAGAGUGGCAGUGGCAGAGUGAUAGAAACUGGUAGUGGCAGAGUGCUAGAGAGUGGCAUUGCCAGAGUGAUAGAGAGUGGUAGUGGCAGAGUGCUAGAAAGUGGCAGUGGCAGAGUGCUAGAGAGUGGCAGCUGUGCAGAGAGUGGCAGUGUCAGAGUGCUAGAGAGUGGCAGUGGCAUAGUGCUAGAGAGUGUCAGUGACAGAGUGCUAGAGAGUGGCAGAGGCAGUGUGCUAGAGAGUGGCAGUGGCAGAGUGAUAGAAACUGGUAGUGGCAGAGUGCUAGGGAGUGGCAUUGCCAGAGUGAUAGAGAGUGGUAGUGGCAGAGUGCUAGAAAGUGGCAGUUGCAGAGUGCUAGAGAGUGGUAGUGUCAGAGUGCUAGAGAGUGGUAGUGGCAGAGUGCUAGAAAGUGGUAGUGGCAGAGUGCUAGAAAGUGGUAGUGGCAGAGUGCUAGAAAGUGGUAGUGGCAGAGUGCUAGAGAGUGGCAGUGUCAGAGUGCUAGAGAGUGGUAGUGGCAGAGUGCUAGAAAGUGGUAGUGGCAGAGUGCUAGAAAGUGGUAGUGACAGAGUGCUAGAGAGUGGCAGUGUCAGUGUGCUAGAGAGUGGCAGUGGCAGAGUGAUAGAAACUGAUAGUGGCAGAGUGCUAGAGAGUGGCAUUGUCAGAGUGCUAAAAAGUGGUAGUGGCAGAGUGCUAGAGAGUGGCAUUGUCAGAGUGCUAGAAAGUGGUAGUGGCAGAGUGCUAGAAAGUGGUAGUGGCAGAGUGCUAGAAAGUGGUAGUGGCAGAGUGCUAGAGAGUGACAUUGUCAGAGUGCUAGAAAGUGGCAGUGGCAGAGUGCUAGAGAGUGGCAUUGUCAGAGUGCUAGAAAGUGGUAGUGGCAGAGUGCUAGAAAGUGGCAGUGUCAGAGUGCUAGAAAGUGGCAGUGGCAGAGUGCUAGAGAGUGGCAGUGUCAGAGUAGGGCAGUGGCAGUGGACGUAA